CUCAUUUUGUGUUGUCUUCUUCCGCAAACAGACCUAGUACUUAAGGUCUAAGGACGUACCAAAAAUACUGUCGUCAUAUUAGGGGCCAAAGGGACAUGAGGAUAUUAAUUAUUGAGCCGACUCGGUAUUAUAAUGUUGUUAGAGAUCUGAACGGAAAGAUUCAGUGGUGUAUCGUGGCCAUUUGAAAUCGGACACCGUUGGCGUAACGUCCUUAGUUCACGCGGAGUGAUACCGUUUUAGGACUGACAAUGUGGAGGUUGUUAAGAUGUCUACUCGAAGGAUGAAAUGGUUUCAAAUGUAGCGACAAAAAGAGACGCGUACGACUUGUAGAGUUUGUUUGGAUGCCGCGAGGUCGCUUUUGUUUAAAUGACGUGGAUUGUGUAACACAUCAAGCGCGAAGGAGAAAAGGAGAUACUGUCGCGCUUUUAUCCGCCGCCUAUGAAACGCUGGUGGGAAAUUAUCUUGAAGUUUAUGUUUUUCCUUCAGGACACCCUAUCUUUUUCGAACUGUUGGAUGCCAGACAUUUGAAAAAAGGGUUCCUAUUGGCUGAGACUCUGUGGGAUGAACCUCCAACAGGAACGAAUGGCUGUGGUGGGGACGGACAAGGAACUCCUGGAUUUCAGCGACCUCCUGGAUUUCACUGCGAAUAAUAUGUUUGCGCCCCCUGUGGCCAAUGGGAAGAACAGACCGAUGACACUUGCCAGCAGCCAGUUUGGAAGUUCAGGUUUGGACGAGCGAAGUGGCUCCGCCUCCUGGGGUUCGGGCGAACAGAACACCCCCUCCUUCAACCAGGGCCGGCAGUAUGGAGAGGACUCUCAUUACAGUGACCACGAGGGGCUGACUGCCUCUCCCUUUCUCACCCAGGGCAUUGUGGGUAAAAAUGAGCGAGGCUCGUACUCUUUUGGGGCUCAGGCCGGGUUCCUGCCGGACAUGCCCAUGCCCAGCCCGGGCGCCCUCUCCCCCUCCGCCCUGAAGUCCACCUCGCACUACUACUCCUCGUAUCCCAGCAACGGCAGGCGACGCCCCCCGGAGGGCACCAUGGACACCCAGCCCAAGAAGAUCAGGAAAGUGCCCCCUGGCCUGCCCUCCUCGGUCUACGUCUCCGCCUCUGGGGAGGACUACAAUCGGGAUGGCGCGGGAUUCCCCGCCUCCAAGUCUGGGACAGCCUACCCCUUCUACAUGCAAGACCCCCCCUCUGAUCCCUGGGGCCAAUCAGCGUACUCCACCAUGCUGGGCAACCCACCUAUCAUGAGCCAGCAGGGUGCCUUCCCUCCAAUCAAUCACCAGGACAGGAUGAAGAGGCAGCCCCUGCCUAUGUCCUCUCAGAACUACCCCCUCCACGGCAGCGAGGUCAACAGCAACCUGCCCUCCAACUUCCACUCUGGGUCAGGGGGGUACGGAGUCACAAAUCACACGCCCCCCAUCAACGGAGCAGAGGGCAUCAUGGCUGCCGGCCGGGGCACCACGGCGGGGAGCUCCGGGGACGAGAUCGGGAAAGCCCUGGCUUCGAUAUAUCCCUCGGACCACAACAGCAACACCUUCCCCUCCACCCCGUCCACCCCCGGAGGCUCCCCCCAGGGCAUCUCAGCUGCAGCGGCUCAGUGGUCCCGAGCUCCAGGUCAGGCCUCCCUGUCCCCCAACUACGAGGGAGGACUGCACGCGCUGCAGAGUAAGAUGGAGGACCGGCUGGAGGAGGCCAUCCACGUGCUGCGGAGCCACGCUGUGGGACAGGGCCCCGGCGGGGGGGGGCCCGACUUACACAGCCUGCUGCACAGCGGGGGCCUGGGGGGGCUGGUGCAGGCCUUCAACAACGGGGGCCUGCCGCUCUCCAACCGCCACCCCGCCAUGGUGAAUAAUCACCAUGACGACUCGGGCCUGUCCCCCGGGGGCGCCCUGCUGGGUCACCACGCCCCGGUGUCUGCGCAGGCCGCCUCCCUGUCUGACCUCGCCCGCCAGCCCGAGGGCUUCAGUGGUGUGUCCGGAGGCGUGGCCCGAGCCGCGCACCCCCCCGGCGGCGAGAUCGUCAAGCGGGAGGACAAGGAGGACGACGACAACUCCUCCAUCACCGACAAGUCGGAGGACGAGAAGAAGGAGGGGAAAAUGGGCCGCACCCGGACCAGAGAAGAGGCGCUUUCCUUCCAGUCUUUGGGCCCGCUGUCGGUCCCUGACGCAGAUCUGGACGAGGAUGACGAGGACCUGCCGGUGGAGGUGAAGGCGGAGCGGGAGAAAGAGCGGCGGGUGGCGAAUAACGCCCGGGAGCGGCUGCGGGUUCGAGACAUCAACGAGGCCUUCAAAGAGCUGGGCCGCAUGUGCCAGAUGCACCUGACCAAUGAGAAGCCCCAGACCAAACUGCUCAUCCUGCACCAGGCCGUCAACGUCAUACUCAACCUGGAGCAGCAAGUGCGAGAGCGGAACCUGAACCCCAAAGCUGCCUGUUUGAAGCGCAGGGAGGAGGAGAAAGUCUCCGGUGUGGUGGGGGACCCCCAGAUGCCCCUGUCGGGGGCCCACCCCGGUCUCCCGGGCGACGGACACAACCCCGUCAGCCACAUGUAGAGCACAGAUCCUGCGGAACUCUCUAGGCUCUCUGAAGCAGUGGCCUUAACAUUCUUCCAACCUUCAUCUCAGCGAGCUCACCAAACACACACAGGCUGUGUAUAUACAAGUAUAUAGAUAUGUGCACGCGUACGCGUACGCACACACACACACACACACACACACACACACACUGCCCAGACUGCCAAUCUACUGCACUCAUAACUCUUAUGACCAGCUCAAAUGAUUUUGCAUGUGUUUGUAUGUGUACAAACACACACACACACACACACACACACACACACACACACACACACACACAUACACAUUUUGCUUCCAUAUUAAGAUGGAAUUAGCGGAGUGUCUGGCGCCUGAGGAGGAGAGACGCUCUGACUCGGUCCCCUGGCUGUCCUGCCCAGCGCUCAGAUCGUCCGUAUUUCUCUGCGCGCGUGUGUGGUGUGUGCGCAGAAAACCGUGUCAACAAAUUUGCUUUUUACCUUCUUGUUUUUGGAACAAAUUGUUUGGAGCAGUUGCUCUCGUGAGCAAACGAGGAUUUUUUUUUUUUUUUUUUUAAAUGACUGUUUUCUUUUUAUGAAGUAGUUUUGUCAUUCCCAGCUGAGGAACAAACGAGGCCGUUGUGUGUUCUCUACGGACGGUCCUUUCCCCCGGGACGUCCCGCCGGAGAGGGGAGCCGACCUGGCAGUUUGAGUGACGCUGUCAGUCAUUCAGCGAGGGCUGGGGGGGCGGGGGGGGCGGUCCUCCGGGAACUGGAGCUUGGGGGCUGAGAAUGAUCCCAGGUAGAUAAAACGCAAAGUGCUGUUUUAAAGCACGUUUUUACGCCCUGAGCAAGUUCCCAUACCCUCCAUUUUACAUUUUUAUACUUUUUAGUUUUUUUUUUUUUUUUUCCUUCUCUGAUGAACGUCAGUGACCAGACGGAACAGAACUCUUGAGGACGUCUGCAGAUACAAACUGAAUUUCAACUUUGAUCAGCCUUCCCUGAGGGGGGGGUGGGGGGGCAGAGCGCUGUGUGGUGGUCAGGGGUGUUUCCUGGUCUUCUGCCCCCAGAACUGACUGAUAAAGAGAGGCAGCUGGGGGGGGGGGGGCGGUGUUCAUAAAGGACAGCGAGAGCGGGCUCCUCACGGACUUCAGGAGGAGCUCCAGCAGAAAGGCCUGUCUGGGGACCCCCCCCCCCCCCGCAAAAUGCCACACCCCCUACCCCGCCCACUCCAGGAAAUGACAUCACAAUCACUCUGGCUUGCGGCUUUUUAAAAAAAAAAAAAUUUCCUUUGCACCAUUUCAGAAAGACUUGAACUGAAACCCUGUGCAGAGAAGAAAAGAGAAAAUCUGACCUGUGGACCCUGCAGCCGCCCGCUUCUCAGCCUCUGUGCCCGGCUGUGCCCGGCUGUGCCCGGCUGUGCCCGGCUGUGCCCGGCUGUGCUCAGCUGUGCUCGACUGUGCCCGGCUGUGCCCGGCUGUGCCCGACUGUGCUCGGCUGUGCUCGGCUGUGCUCGGCUGUGCCCGGCUGUGCUCGGCUGUGCUCGGCUGUGGUGUGUGCUGGGCUCAUCCUCCUCUCCUUUACUUGGUUGUUUUUUCUCUGUGCCGAGAGACGCAGGCACAGGCUCAGAGUUUCCGGCAGCGAAGCGGUGGCGGUGUAAACUUAGGUCCAGUUCAUGCGUACAUAAAACCCCUAUGUAAGAUGAACAAAAUAUAUAUAUUUUUAAUAGACUAUACAGUGUAGAUUUUAAAGAAAAAUACAAAAAAAAAGAAAGAAAAAAGUGGUGGAGGAGGGGAGCGUAAAG